AUGAUUUUCCCUGAAUGUCAGAAAUCCCAUAGCACUAAGGCCAAACUUCACAGCACUCAGGCAUCUCAGAAAAUAAGGAAAUCCCACGUAUGUGGUGACUGUGGGAAAAGCUUCACCAGGCAGUCUUCUCUUACUGAACAUCAGCGAACUCACACUGGGGAGAAACCCUUUGUGUGCAGGGAGUGUGGGAAAGGCUUCACCAAGAAAAGUAACCUCACUCUUCACCAGCAAACUCACACUGGGGAGAAACCGUACGUGUGCAGGGAGUGUGGGAAAAGGUUUGUUACAAAGAGCAACCUCACUGUCCAUCAGCAAACUCACACUGGAGAGAAACCGUAUGUGUGCAGUGAGUGUGGGAAAGGUUUCAGGCAGAAGGGAGAUUUGAUUAUUCAUAAGCGCACUCAUACUGGAGAGAAACCGUAUAAAUGCAGUGAAUGUGGUAAAGAUUUCAUUCGGAAGUCCAUACUCACCAUCCAUCAGCGCAUUCACACUGGAGAGAAACCUUAUAUAUGCAGGGAAUGUGGGAAAGGCUUCAUCAAAAUGCACGGCCUUACGCUCCAUCAGAGGACACACAUGAGAGAGAAACCUUAUCAGUGUGGUGAAUGUGGGAAAGGAUUCAUCCAGAAAGCAAAGCUCACUAUCCACCAGCAAACACAUGCUGGAGAGAAGCCCCAUACAUGCUCUAAGUGUGGAAAAGGUUUCAGUCAGAAGGGAAAUCUCACUUCUCAUGAGCACACUCACAGUGAAGAGAAACGUUAUAUUGGCAGUGAAUUUGGUAUGGAUUUCAGCCAAGACGUUAUUCCUGAUGCCACAUAA